AUGCAGAGCUUCAUCCAGAAGCAUGAGAGCGCGUCCAUAAACCCUCAUGCUCCAGGGAGCCCGCCCCUUCAGAACCUGAACCACACAGCGGCUCCCGUCGCAUCGCCAGUAAUUCCUGUCCUAGAUCGCCAGGUUUCCGGUGAUGGGGCCAACUUCGCGCCGCAGGUUUCCAGGCCGCCGGGACUCGGCGACAAUGCUCGGGUAUCUUUAGGACCAUCAAGGGCCAAUGAAUUGGUCGGGCAGCAAAGGCAUGAUGGCCCAGAGGCUGACCACGCCUGGGAAGUGUUGAAGGAGGAGCCGCGUGCCGCAGACGGGCUACGAGAGCGAUGGGAGGAGCAGUCCAACAUCAACUCUCUAUUUUCCGGGAGUGAACCUGCUCGGCCAGCCUCGGUGCAAUAUUCUGCUCACAAGAGAGAAUAUGAUAAUGACGAUACCAGAUCUGACAUCGUCGACAACCAUGCCCCCCAACCUAGCGCAUAUUUCCAGCCCCCAAAGGAGCUCUAUCAGGCCCCCCCGCGUACCACCAACUCUCAGAAUGAGAAUGGCCGUAACCCUGCUCUGGACUGGGACAGUGAUGAUAGUGACCUCCAUUCCCAGGGAGAUGAGUUUCCAGAUCAGGAACAGGAGCAUACCCCCAAGGCGGUCCGGAAACACGCUAUUCUUGAUGACGCGACGAUGAUCCUCAACCCUCCGAAGCCCGUGGUAGCACCGAAACCACAGAAGACUGUCAGAUUACAGGAUGAUGCCCUGCUAGGAAGCCCCAUCCGCCAGGCACUCCUCGGCCCAAUGUUCUCCCCGCCCAAGAAGCGAGUCCAUGACAGCGAUUACGACGAGGAGGCUCUGCGAAAAAUGAACUUCGCCGAAUUGCGGAACGAACCAUUCGAUCAUGAUCCUGCCAGACAGGUCAUAACAUCACCAGCCAAACCUCCAGCCGACAAUCUUGAUGACCGCCUCGAGUUCUGUCGAAGCAAGGACGAGGGUGCCCAAGCUCAACUCUUCACCCAGAUGUCCGUGCGCGAGUGGGAUGAGAGCGGCGACUGGUUUCUGGAACGCUUCAGCAGCGUGGUGACAAGGAUGAAGGAGGCUCGACAAGCCAAACGCAAGAUCGUCGAGCAGUACGAGAAGGAGGUCUCGGAGCGCGAGGAGGAAGUCCGGCGCAGCAAGGAGGCCAUAGACCGCAAGCUGUCUAAGCUCAAGCACGACGGCAGUGCGAUGUUGAAGGGCAGCGAGCCCAGCGACUAG